AAACUCUAAACCAAGAACCAAUUGCUGCGUAGUGAUACUAUUUGUUUUUAUACGUGUCAAUUGUUUUGUCUAAUUGCGAGUUAACAACGAUAAAAAACACCUGGCACAUGCGCACACCCACCGAGGGACAUUCCAGUGCACAAAGGAAAACCCACCACCAGCCACGAAAGACAGCGGAAGCAGGCGGAGUGGGAAAGCUGCGCUUUUCCAGGAGAAAGCGAAGAUAGAGAGAGGACGCCCGACGCCAUAGCAGAAAACAGCUCGCUAUUUGAGCCAACGACAUUCCGCUGCUCCGUCAGUUUUCAGAGGACCUUCGAAGUGGGCAGCCGAGAAUCCAACGUCUCCUUGAACGCAAAGAAAAUCCACAGUUUUGGCAGGGAGAAAAGCUCAAGUGCGUGAAAAGCGAAUCUCAAAAAGUUAAAUGCGAGAAUUUACAUAACGCCGAGCGUUGAAAGUGAAACUUCUGUGGUGCGAAACACUGAACGAAAAGCAGCAAACCCAUUACAAAAUACAUUCUGCCCAGUGUGUAAUAAAGUUGGCGCAAGGAGCGGGAGAGCAUCUGCCAGGCAAUAGAGAGCAAGCGAACGAGCGACGAGAGAGCCGAACGUGCGCACGUUUUCUGGUUGGGAGCAACCUCUCACACACGCAGCCAGCAGCAAGGCAACACACAACCAGCGAGAAGGCUAAUCCUUGGCAGCAGGAGCAGCACCAGCACCAGUAACCAGUAGCGAACAUGUUUUCGGGCCUAACAAAUCAAUUUACGUCGCUGGUGGGCGCCGUAAAGGGCGGCGCUGGCGACGAGGACGUGCCCGCGCCCACAGGAGAGGCGGCCGCAGCCGCACCAGCAGCCGCCUCCACAUCCUCGGAGGCAGUGGCCGCCGCUGUUGAUCCGGAGGCAGCAGCAGCCGCCGGCGGCGAAGGACUCGAGGGCGAGGAAGCUGGCAAAAGUCUUCCCAAAUCCACAUCCAUGGUUGAUUCAUUUGUCACAGAAGCCACCGGUUGGCUGGGCAGCGCCAAGGGAUGGUUGGGUAACGCCUCGAUACCGUCGAUGCCAGCCAUGCCGUCGAUGCCAUCGAUGCCAGCCAUGCCAGCGAUGCCGUCGAUACCAUCGAUUCCGGGACUACGCAAAACGGGAGGAGCCGAUGGAGCCGAGGGCGCCGAGGGAGCUGCCGCCGGAGAGGGCGGUCAGGGCGCUGCCAGUGGAGCCGUGAGUGGUGGCGAGGAUGACGACAAGUCGAGGUAUAUUAGCGCCACAGAGGGUGCCGACUCGCAUCCUGCAUCCGGCGGUGGCACGCCCACCGGCGACGAGGGUCAAAUCGGACAGGGUAAGGGCGAUGAAGUCAAAAUUACCACGAAAGUAACACAGCAGGCCAAACACUUUGGAUCCUUCUUGUCAUCGGCCAUCAGCAAGGCUGGCAGCAAAAUCAAGGAAACAGUCAAGGAUAAUACCAUUCUCGACUCAUUCAACAAGGAGCAGGAAGCCUUCAUCAAGGGACAGGGCGGCGUUGGCAAUGGGGCAGCCCCCUGGAUUGGACAUGCCAACGAGGCCAAGAUCAAGGAGGAGAUCCUGGGCCUGUCACAGGAUCGCCGCAACUUUGUACGCGCCCCGCCAGCCGGCGUGGACUUUGAGUUUAGCUAUGACACCGCCUACCCCACGGCCAUAGCCAUUAUGGCCGAGGACAAGGCGCUCGAGACGAUGCGAUUCGAGCUGGUGCCCAAGAUCAUCACUGAGGAGAACUUCUGGCGGAAUUACUUCUACCGCGUCUCACUGAUCAUCCAGGCCGCCGAGCUGGGCACUCUGGGCGCCGAUGGCGUGGGUCAGGCCUCCAGCGGUGAAGAUGCCAAAGAAGUGACCACCAAUGACAAGAUCAAAUCCAAGACUGCCGAAACAACCAAGAGCGAUACUGGCCUAAAGAAACCCAUUGCCGAGCAGCCAAAGGCCGUUGUAGAGUCCCAAAAGGACCAGGAACAGUCUGAGCCCAAGGCUCGUGCUGCCGGCACUGAGUUGGAUCAUAAAAUCUCCGAAUCGGAAUUCGUUUCGGAUGACUUUCAGACCACCAGCGAAUCGGACUUGGCUGAGAUCCAAGCCGGCAUGCGUAAGCUGGGCAUUGACAGCAUGACCCAACAGGCUUUAGCCACGACUGAUGAGGAACAAUGGGAAAAGGAUCUGGAGGCUGAACUCAAAGACUACGAGGUGGUGGACGAAGGCGGCACUGGCGGCGGCGGAGGACGCAGGAAAGGAAGAAAGGCCACACAGGAGGAAACCCAGGCGGAGGAGGAGGAUGAACCGACAAUAUCAAACUUGCGCACACGCUCGACUAACAACGAUUGGGAGGAGUACGCCGAUUUAAUUGAGGAUACCGAUGAUUUAAAGCAAAACAAGUUAAAUGAGAAUGCUAUAUAAAUAUGUGUCAUUAUUUGUUAGCAGUGGCAAAUAAAAAUAUUUAAAUGAACAUGCUGACGAAGCGAUGAUGAUAUGGAAAAAGUAAAAGUUAUGACAUUAAACUGUAUAUUGUACAUUUACUUUUAAAAAACAAAUGAAAUGUAUUUACACACGAGAAACGGCAUGGAAUAUGACGAUGAUACGAAACUAAAGAAAUUUUAAAAUUUAUAUUUACUUUGUGCGUUUUUAAACAUGUUGGCGACACAAUGACAAGCAGAUUAGUGCAUAAACCUAACUAAUAAUAAUAAUAACAAUAAAUAUUAAUUAAUGGUAAAUAAUGUAAUGACGUUGACAACAUACAUAUGUAUUUUACAAGGCAGAAAAACCCAAACCAACCUUUACCCAAUCCACACCGAAUCCCGAAAGAUAUAUAUCAAAUUCCUGGCAUAUUUCGCAUAUUUUAUUGUCUGCAAAAACCGUUUAUUAACCAAACAGAAACCAACCCCAAUUCAAUUAAACCGUUUACGAAAGUUUGUUGAGCAGCAGCAUUCCAUUGAUAUAACAUUGCAAAAUGAACAAAAUAUAUGUAUAUGUACUAAUUAAAGUAUAUCACCCGGAAAAAAACCACGAAAAAAAGAAAACCAAAUGUAUAAUUUAGUUGUUUAAUGAUUGAUAAUAUUUAGACACACCAGAGGAUGCCCCAAGCAUCGUCCGGAUGCAAAUUUAGUCAUCUGAGACAGCAGAGAAACACUCUCCUCGAUAUGCCAUAGAACAUUUUCCACUCCAAUGUAGAGCGCAGAAGAAGGUGGAGUUUCUCUGAAGAGAACACACAAGAACACCCUGAAAACCAAGCACAGAAUACUGUAAAGUUCGAUGACAGACCGACCGAAGACAACACCAUGAACACACACGAGUAUAUACAUAAUAAAAAUAUAUAUGAGAACAAUUUAACGAGAUUAAAAUCAACUAACGUAAUAAAGGGAAAGUGUAUAACUAUUAAAACUAAA